GUGUCAAGUGUACGUUCCGGAAAACAAAUAAAAAUUAUAAAAUUUAAUUAGCAAGAAUUGAAAAUAAAAUUAAAUUAAAAUGGGUAUGCUAUGUGAUGUACGACUGGAUGAGGAACGCGGCUCUUAUCAGCCGGGACAAAUGAUAUCAGGACGAGUUGUGAUAAAACUGCAGGAGCGCGUGCUAAUGAAAGCUUUAGCCUUAAAAAUCUCCGGAUUUGCGGCCACAAAAUGGGAGAAACCUGCAAAACAAAAGAAUCAGAAACAAAAUAAAAAGCAAAACAAAAAACAAAAUAAAAUGGCACCAGGAACUGAACAACCUCAAGUAGUAAUAAAACCUGGUGAUGUCUAUGCAAAUCGCGACGAUUAUUUGUCUACAAUGAAUUACUUUAUCGGAUCUGAAGCAGCACUACCAAAAGUCAUUGAAGUAGGUACGUAUUGCUACACUUUUGCUGUAUGUUUGCCGGAAAAGUGUCCAGCAAACUUCGAGAGCACAAUCGGGCACAUACGUUAUGAGUUGGAAAUUUUCAUUGAUUAUCCAGAACACAAAUACACUUGUUAUUCACGCAGUCUGUUUGUGCAAAACGUAGUCGACCUACGCACAGACCCUACCCUAAAUGCCGCUUCAGAUGUACAACAAAUUGAGAAGAAAUCAUUCAUGCAAUUCUGGCACACUCCUUUGGAAAUGCACUUGAAUUUACCACAAACUGGUUACGUGCCUGGAGAGGGUAUACCAGUGCAAGUCAGAAUACAAAACAAUGAACUUUUAACACUUACCGAACUAGUGUAUAAAUUAAAUUUAAUCGGUACUUAUGUGGGUGCCUUUAAGAAGAAAACCGAAAUCAAAGUCAUACGCACCACUCUUUUAAAGACAGUGCACAAUCUCUUCGGACAAAAUGGUACCGUGGUGCAGCACAUGCAGCUGUUGCAUGUACCUGCUACAACGCCUACUACCGAAUUAGCACAAUGCAGAUGCAUACAAAUUGCCUAUGAAGUAGAAGUUACGGUGAAUUCGACCAAAAAGAAACGCUGGCUGUGUGCGGCAAUACCAAUUAAAAUCGGUACUAUAUCCUUGCAAAAUCAAAUGAAGUUGCUGCCAAGUGAUGUGACAGGCAGCUCCACUGCCCUAAAUGCUACACGUUCACUUGAGGAUUUGACUGCGCCGACAAGUAAUUUGUAUCCUCGUUUGCCCACUGCACCAGCUUUGGAGGAGAGUAAUGCUGAUUUAGGUGCUUCUAUGGCUUCACUGGCUUCUUGUUUAAAGGAAGCAGAGUACAUGGGUAAAAUAAAUUUUAACAAGCAAACUUCGCACACCAUGGCCGGUGACAAGGCGGAUUUUAAGCCGCGUUAUUUAUACUAUGAUCCGGCAAAUGGACAAUCCCAAGAACAGCAGAUAACAUCAACAACAAAUGAAAACCCCAAUUUUGAACAAAAAUUUUAAGAAAGCUUUAAUUUUGUAGUUAAAAAUAAUUAAUUUAUUAAUUUA